AUGGGGCUCUGCAUGUCUAGCGGCAGCGCGGCGGCGGUGCUGGCAAAGGAGCAGCCUGCCUCGACGGCUAUGGUACUGCUUCCAAUGGGUGAGCUGCGGGAGUACCCGCGCCCGGCCACAGCGGGCCAGGCGCUCGACGACCUGGUGGCUGGGGACGCCGGUUGGUUCCUGUGCGACGCCGACGAGAUGGGGUUCGAUGCCCGCGUGGCCGCCGUCUCCCAGGCCGAGGAGCUCCGCCCGGGGCAGAUCUACUUCGUGCUCCCCGCUGAGGCUCGACGGAAGGGCCUCCGGCGUGAGGACCUCGCUGCUCUCGCUGUCAGGGCGUCCGCGGCGCUCGUUAAUAAGGCCAACACCGCCUCCUGCGCCGGACGACGACGGAGGCGCGCCGGCUCGGUGGCCCCGCUCGUAUUCGCUCCACCACAGGAGGCCGUCCCUUACAAGACUGUGUCGGCGCUGGCGGCGAAGAGGCGGCCGGUGGCGCGUGCGAAGAGUGCCGGCAGGAUGCAGCCGCGCUUCGCACCCGAUCUGAGCACUAUUCCCAAGUGUGAGUGAAGGAACACAAUGGCUUUCGCGGAUGGAUCGAUAGAUCAUGCAAGAUGGCUUGAAUAUCCGGCGAUUCUGGAAACAGGUCGAGCGAAGGAAGGUGGCAGUCGUGGGAUUCUGAUCGGAUGGACGGUGCCUGUUUCGCGUGGAAGUUACACUCAUAGGCAGAUAGGCUGUAAUUUGUAGGAACAAAAUUUUGACCGGUUAGUCGAGUUUGUCUUUGAAGUUGACGCUAUG